GCUCGUGCCCAACUUCAUGCGAGUGCCGCAUUCUCGCAUGUGCGUGUCAGGCGAGCGUGUGUGAGUCGAGUUGUCGCAUUUCGCAUCGAAUUCACCCGUUGGAGUAAUUUCUGACCGAAUAAUGGGCAUCGUGCGGUUAGUACAUUCGCUGAGGAUUAGAGAGAACACGUUGUCAUGGUUCGCCGUCAAAGCCUCCCUCGCGGGCGGAAUGGUUUACUAUAGCAUCCAGCAGGGAUUGUGGUCCAAGUCCGAGGACACUGUGCAGUUGUACGGAAGGAUGUACAAUAACAUCGCGCCUUACGUUAAGGACAAUAUCCCGAAGGAAGUCGUGAGCGAGCUACCACCGCUGCCAAGUACCAGCGAUCUUUCCAGUAUCAUGAGAUCGUCGUGGAAUAAGGGAGUCAUGGCGAGCAUGAAAUUCCUGUCCGAGACUCCGACCCAUGUGACCAACGGCAUGCAGACGAUCUCGAACACCGUGAUGACUUACGUCGAGCAACAGAGCGUGUCCGAGAAAAAUCAAUAGCGAUUCCUGAUACUGUACUGUGGAUUUUAGGCGAGCACUGUACCAGAAUCGAGUAUCAGUAGAGCUGUUACUGCCUUUUAUUCAGGUCUUGUUGACUCAUACAUCUGCGUACAUUGUUAAUCAUCUCUUCUUAGUCUGUUUUAUUAAUUUAUAGUAUAUGUGUACAAAUAAAUAUUUUGGCAAAGUUACACGUUAAAGCUGCCGUGAGAAGGGCCGAUAGCUAUCGAUAGUAUAUCAAUACUCUUAGUAAGGAUUCUGACGAGUCAGAUAGGAUAAUUAAAACGCAAGAUAGUGGGCUUUGUACAUAUACGAAUGUUUAUUCUCUCUCAAAUAGUUGUACAAACUGUCGCCAACUACGAGUCUCGCUCGACGCUUACACGCUUGAAAACACUUAUAUUAAUGAAUAAUAUCUCGAUUCCCUGAAAUUCAAAACUACGGAUUCCUAUCCUAUUGUCAAACGAAUGUAAAAAGAAAGGACAAAAGGAAACAUGUGAGGUCGUGUGAAGGCGCGGCUAAACGUAAACGAUAAAAGGGCUCCGUCACGAGUCGCGAUGCAUACUGGUCCCCGAAAAACAGUGAUCAUGUAAAGCGUGAUGUCUAUGUUACGCUAAUAUUUAUAAUCGUAAUAAUGUAAUUGCGUAAUCUACGGCAAAAGAAAACAUGAUGGCUCUAGCGCAAUAAAGAAA